CGUCCAAUUCACUGUAGCGACGCUGUAGCGGUAAAUACCAAAAAAUUAAAAAAAAAAAAAAGGAACAAGAAUUUUCCGAAAUUUUCCAAACGCGCGUGGAAUAACUGUCUAUUAAAUCCCACUCCACUCCGGGCAUGCCGCGAAAACAGUAAAUCAAACAAAGUAUAAUAAAGUUUAUUGUCUUGUUUGCCAACAAAAUGAGUUCUACAAGUGCAUGUUUAUUGGUCUCUUUAGCUCUCUGAAAUCGUAAACAAAUCGUGAAAAAAGUAAAGUAUAUAUAAUACAACAUAAAUAUUUAAGUCCAACGCGUUCGUUGCCGAUAAAAUAUUUGUGUUUGGGGUGAGCCGCAACAACAGCAGCGACGUCAGCAGUGCGUGGUGCAAGUGUAUUGGUGUUUAACUCGGCCGUCCGAUAUACAUAUAUACAAGCGUAUAUGCCAGAAUAGCGCGCCGCCCCUCUUGGCAGUGUGAGUGCAUCUGACGUACAUACGUAUGUACAUACACACCCGCAAGUAAAUAAGAAGAAAUUAGCUCAUCACAAAAAAAAGUGAAAUUUUCUUCCAUAAAAGUCUAAAAGUCGAGGAAAAUAUCAAUUCUUUGCAUAAGGUGAUUGUUUUGUGUGUGCAAGUGGAAAAUUAGAAUCAACUCCCAGGCUGGACGCAGAGGUAGCAGCAGCAUCGGCAGCGAUAGCACCCACAGCAAUUUGGAUUUUUGCUCUCCACGCGGUUGCCCAAGAUACAGAAUCACGACGACGCGACGUGCGAAAAUGGCCAAAAUGGAGGUCGACGAUGUGGUCGACUUGAGUCUGAGCUCUGGCCGGGAUCCGGCGUUAACCAUAACGCCGGCGCCGUCUUCAACAGCGCUCAGCAAUCGGGAUCUGCGGGCACUGACGGCCAAUAACACGGGUCUAACCAUAACGCCGUCUCCAACGCCAGCGCCAACAGCAGCAGCAGGCGCUGCUGCCACCAUUCCCGCCACCAGUAGCAACACCAGCAGCACCAGCACCAGCAACAACAACAACAACAACAACAACAACAACAGUAACACUGGGAAUGGCACGGCAGGCAGCAGUCCCACCAACAGCAGCUCCACGAAUAGCACCGCCACUCCCAGCAUCAACAAUACAACAACAAACAACACCUCCAGCGGGGGGACUGCAGAGGGAGGAGGAGUACUCACUGGUGGCGGUGUGGAUGAGAACAAGGUGCAAAGGCGAGUGCUACGGCCCCGCACGGAGCCCAAGUCAUAUGCUGAGGCGCCCGACAUUGUGCUGCUGCCUGCACGUACCAAUGGGCGGCAGCAGAAUGGCAACAUUGACUCGGAGACGGACGAUGAGGAGAUGCCGCCGUAUGUGCCCAUCAAGGAGCUCUCCCACGCCGAGCUGAAGGAGCGCGAGAAGAGCCUGCGCAGGCUGCGGCAGGAUCUGCGGAAUGAGGAGACCAAGCUGAUGCUGCUCAAGAAGCUGAAGCAGUCGCAGCAGGUGAUGAAGGAGAACAUGGUGGUUACGCCGACCAGCGUGUCGCCCAACAAUCCGCUGUCCGCCAUACCAGCCGCCCUCACCUCCAAGGGAUCGCUGAGUGUGACGCCCACGUCGGCGGUGCCCCAGCCGGCGCACAGCAAGGGCCGCAGCAGUCUGGGCGGCAGUGCAGCUGCCGUCAGCAUCAGCCGGACGGGCAGCUCCAGCUCUGCGGCAGUUGCUGCCUCGGCCAUUGCAGCGGCAGCGGCAGCCCUAAGCGGAUCGCAGCGUGGCAGCCUCAGCAGCAACUCGAUCCUCCCGCCACCCAGAGCCUCACUACCGCCCGGCGCCACAUUGGCCGCGGGCACAACCAUCACGCCUGCCACCUCCUCAUCGCACCGGUCGAGCGCACUGCCGCCGCGCACCAAUCUGCCGAAUCUCACCAUCACGCCCUCGGUGACCAUCACGCCAACGUCGGCGCCGCCUUCCAGUCUGAAAGCACGCAAUCCUAAUAUUUCGGAUAAUUCGAAGGUACCUGGAACCAUAAGCAACUCUGUUUCCAUCACACCGGCGCCGCCGCUAUCGCAAGCGCAUCAGAAUCAGCUGAACGAUCUAAAGAAUGAUCGCUCUACGCCACGCGAGGAUGCACAGACGCCGGCACAGCGCCAGGCGGCGGCUAAAAUGGCACUGCGCAAGCAGCUGGAAAAGACUUUGCUACAGAUUCCCCCACCAAAGCCACCGCCACCAGAGAUGCACUUUAUACCCAAUCCCAGCAACACGGAUUUUGUCUAUCUGCUUGGACUGGAGACGGUCGUUGACUUUUUGACUGUCAACAAGAAGGCCAAUGCUGUGGCAGCACCCUUCCGAUGUGCACAAUGCAAGAUUGACUUUACACCCGUCUGGAAGUGGGAGAAACAGACCAACAAGGAUCCCAAGGUGAUUUGCGAGCAGUGUGUCACCUCGAAUGUGAAGAAGGCUUUGAAGGCGGAGCACACCAAUCGACUGAAACAGGCAUUCGUCAAGGCCUUGCAGCAGGAGCAGGAGAUCGAGCAGCGUUUGGCCAGCCAGAGCAGUCCAUCGCCCGUGGAUACGCAUGCCUUGAACAAUGUCAGCGCCUCGCUAACCGUGUCCGCCGCCAGCAACUCCUCGUCGCAUUCGCAUCAGCACCAGCAGGCGCUGCAGCGCGAGCGAGAGCGUGAACAGCUUCAGGCGUCGCAUGCCUCGGCAGCGGCUGCACUGGUCAAUCUGCCGCCCUCUGUGACGGUCAUACCGACCAAGUGUCAGACGCCAACGCCAGCGCCUAGACCCACGCCGCCGCCACCACAAAACCAGCCCACACCACCGCCCAGCACACCGCGUUCGUCGCGUGCCGCUGCCACAGCCGCAGCGGCGGCUAUAGCUGCCCAGCAGGCAGGUAUCCUCAGUCCAGGACCCACGGCAGCGCACCACCACGAGCCAGCGUCCUCGUCGCGCUCAUCACGCAACGAUCGCCACGAUCAUCAUCACCACCAGCAACAGCAGCAGCAGCAGCAACAACAACAGCAGCAACAACAACAACAGCAGCAGCAGCAGCGUGACCAGCAACGGGAGCUGCAGCAACAGCAGGCACAGAGCUAUGACAAGUACUCGGCAGCCACGCUGGCAGCGGCAGCACAUCUCAGUGCCAUGGGUGGCAUGAACCUCAAUCUGGGUAAUCUCAGCCAGCUGGGUAAUCUCAGCCAGCUGGGCAAUCUGGCGGCACUCGGCGGACUGGGCAACUUUGGUGCCUCAUCGUCGGCCAGCAGCAAUCAAGCUGCUGCGGCAAUGGGCAACAACUCGCCAGCAGCCACAGCGGCAGCCAUGCAGGCUUUCCAACAGCAGCUCUUCAGAGCUUUGGGUCAGGGUUUGGGUGGCAAUCCACAGCAUAUGAUGCAGUUGGCACCACUCUUGUACUCCUAUCAGGUGGCCAUGGCGCAGGCGGCCCAAGUGGCAGCUUUCAACAAUAACAACAAAAAGAGCAGCUCGUCAUCGGGCUCGUCCAAGAAUUCGAGUAAUGCCAACAGCAUGGCGGAUGUACAGCGAGCGGCGGAGCUGCAGCGUCAGUAUCUGUUGGAGAUGAUUCCACCACAGCAGCAGAGCGGAGCAAGUGGCAGUCGCCAGAACAACUGGAAGGCCUAAGGCUACCAAAUAACAACCAACAACCACAACAACAACAACAAC